CAACUAAUCGAGCACAGAAAGAACUUUGCAAGGCAAUAACAGAGCCGUCCACACAAAUAGCCCUAAAUCACACGUGUCUCAAAGGGCUGCACAAGCCACAACAUCCUCGGUUCAGAUCCCACAUUGGGCAAGGAAAAACUCAACCGAGUGAGAUGACAAUGAGAAACCUUGGAGAGGAAACACCCCCCCACCCUAGGUCUAUCUGUGAGGUGGCGACUUGUCCAGGGUGUACCCUGCCUUCCGCCCGUGUGCAGUCGGGGAAGGCUUCAGGACCCCCCGUGACAAGCGGUAGAAAAUGGAAGGAUGGAAGGCCAGCUUCAGAGAUUGCACUGUAUUUGAGCAACGCUGACCCCUGUAGGAGAAGAUAUCUCCAAGACACAUCUUGAAGAUGCGCUUCGAGAAAAUGGUCCAUCCUGUGUCUGUGGAAGACAGCAGAGCCGGAGGCUGCAUGGAAGCGAGCAGAAAAGCAGUUCCAAUAUGUUGUAUUAUAGGAGCCAUCAAUGGUUUGGACCAUCACAUCCUGUCACCUGCCAAAGCAUUAGUGUUUUAGUGAGAUUCUAAAGUCAUACCUGAAAGUCGGAUGGCUGCGGUGAACGCCAGUGUCUCAGAGAGAAACCAAUGGAGGAGCCAGGAUCCCAGAUGCCUUUUUGACAGCUACAGGAGGAGGUCCCGUAAUCCACCGAAGUCUCCGAGUCCCACAGACAGGACUGUCCCAGCAGGCCGUGCACACUGUGACAAGAGGCACCCCUAAAGGGUGCUUUGGUGGGUCCAAACACACAUCAGACGACACACCAAUGGGUUAACAUCAAGCACUAGUACCCUCCCACCAUCCACCCCCUCCCAAAAGGGACCAUCCCAUGGAUUCACAUGACGUGUGUGUGUGUGUCGGUCAUAUAUAUAUAUAUAUAGGACCAUGUGGGCUCCGACGUGGAGUUUAGUAGCACAGACAUUGUGUCGGCUGCCGGCCCUCCCCAAAAAGGACAAGCAUUAGCAGGAAUAUCGGUGCAUAGAACAACAGUUCUCCGCCUGUGGGAACUGAGGGACCCCUUCCACAACUCCUCCUUUUCCUCCUCUGUGAAAAGCUGCCCCCCGAAAGAAAAAGAAAAAUGGGUGAUCUGCUGGAGGACGGCUCGUUCAUGUUCACGUCGGAGUCUGUGGGAGAGGGACAUCCAGACAAGAUUUGCGACCAGAUCAGCGAUGCCGUCCUGGACGCUCACCUCAAGCAGGACCCCGAUGCCAAAGUGGCCUGUGAGACGGUGUGUAAGACGGGCAUGGUGCUGCUCUGCGGAGAGAUCACGUCCCGGGCCAACGUUGACUACCAGAAGGUGGUGAGGGACGCCAUCAAACACAUCGGCUACGACAACUCCGACAAAGGUUUUGACUACAAGACGUGUAACGUUCUGGUGGCUUUGGAGCAGCAGAGUCCAGACAUUGCUCAGGGGGUCCAUGUGGACCGCAAAGAGGAGGACAUCGGCGCCGGAGACCAGGGUCUGAUGUUCGGCUACGCCACAGACGAGACCGAGGAGUGCAUGCCUCUCACCAUCGUCUUAGCCCACAAGCUCAACUCCAAGAUGGCGGAGCUCAGACGCAACGGCACCAUCCCUUGGCUGCGCCCGGACUCCAAAACUCAGGUGACAGUGCACUACGACCAGAAAGAUGGCGCUGUGAUCCCCAAGAGGGUCCAUACCAUCGUUGUCUCCGUGCAACACGACGACUUUAUCUCUCUGGAAGAACAGAAGAAGGUUCUCAGGGAAAAGGUGAUCAAUGCGGUGGUGCCCGCCAGGUACUUGGACGAUAAGACCGUCUACCACCUGCAGCCCAGCGGCCGCUUUGUCAUCGGUGGACCUCAGGGAGACGCCGGCGUCACGGGCCGCAAGAUCAUCGUGGACACGUACGGAGGCUGGGGCGCUCACGGGGGCGGAGCUUUCUCGGGCAAAGACUUCUCCAAAGUGGACCGCUCGGCCGCCUACGCCGCUCGCUGGGUGGCCAAGUCUCUGGUCAGGGCCAAGCUGUGCAGGAGGGUCCUGGUCCAGGUGUCUUACGCCAUCGGGGUGGCUCACCCUCUCUCCAUCUCCUUGUUCACCUACGGCUCGUCCAAAAAAACGGAGUCGGAGCUUCUCCACAUCGUCAACAAGAACUUUGACCUGAGGCCAGGAGUCAUUGUCAGGGAACUGCAGCUGAAGAGGCCCAUCUACCAGCAGACCGCCACCUACGGUCACUUUGGCCGGCCAGAGUUCUCCUGGGAGAUUCCCAAAAAGCUUGUUUUGUAAGAACGCUUCAACUUAAUAAGCCAGAAAGAUGAAUCAAACCAAAGUUAUGCAGGGGAUAGGAGGAUAAAUAAUGUGAAGGACAUCUAAUGGGAGACAUCAUUCAUCCUAUUAGCCUGGUGCUUUUUACCCCCCGACUACCACUUUUUUAAAAAUAAAUGUAGAUUUACAAAUCACCACAACCUCAAUGAAUGUACAAUACAUGUUUUGUUGUUGUUGUAAUAAUUAACCAAAGCCGUGUUCAACAAGCAGGUCAAUAAAUAAGUGCGGUGGUCUGCUCUCACAAGCAUGUUACUAGCAACCCAAAUGUAAAAUAGCUUUUAUUUUCCUAACUGCUGUGCUUCAGUGCCUUAACACCUCCUCCGUUUGUCUGCAACUUUUAUGAUUUUAGACUAUUUCAACUCAAAACCGCUUUCUUUGUGGGCCUUCAGAACAAAAACGCACAAGUUAAUUUAAAAGAAGAGUCAGAACAUGUGUUUCUACGGGUAUUUUGUCAUGUCUGUGUGAUCAUGUUUUGCUUUUUGGACGCAGUUCCAUGCCAAGUAAGUUUUUGUUUAUAGUUCAUAGUUUCAGCCUUUGUGCAAGUCUUUGUUUUCAUUAGUCAAGUUUCUUCUCCGCGCCUCUUGUUUGCUUUUUUUGUUGUUAUAGCAGUGGUUCUUAACCUUGUUGGAGGUUCCGAACCCCACCAGUUUCAUAGUUUUCAUAGUUUCAUAGUUACAUAGUUUUCAUAGUUUCAUAGUUUCUGCCUUUGUGCAAGUCUUUGUUUUCAUUUGUCAAGUUUGUUUUACGCGCCUUUUGUUUGCUUUUGUUGUUGUUAUAGCAGUGGUUCUUAACCUUGUUGGAGGUUCCGAACCCCACCAGUUUCAUAGUUUUCAUAGUGUCAUAGUUACAUAGUUUUCAUAGUUUCAUAGUUUCUGCCUUUGUGCAAGUCUUUGUUUUCAUUUGUCAAGUUUGUUUUACGCGCCUUUUGUUUGCUUUUGUUGUUGUUAUAGCAGUAGUUCUUAACCUUAUUGGAGGUUCCAAACCCCACCAGUUUCAUAGUUUCAUAGUUUUCAUAGUUUCAGCCUUUGUGCAAGUCUUUGUUUUCAUUUGUCAAGUUGGUUCUACGCGCCUUUUGUUUGCUUUUUUUGUUGUUAUAGCAGUGGUUCUUAACCUUGUUGGAGGUUCCGAACCCCACCAGUUUCAUAGUUUCAUAGUUUUCAUGUUUUCAUAGUUUCAGGCUUUGUGCAAGUCUUUGUUUUCAUUUGUCAAGUUGGUUCUACGCACUUUUUGUUUGCUUUUUUUUGUUGUUGUUAUAGCAGUGGUUCUUAACCUUGUUGGAGGUUCCGAACCCCACCAGUUUCAUAGUUUUCAUGUUUUCAUAGUUUCAUAGUUUCAGCCUUUGUGCAAGUCUUUGUUUUCAUUUGUCAAGUUUCUUCUCCGCGCCUCUUGUUUGCUUUUUUUGUUGUUAUAGCAGUGGUUCUAAACCUUGUUGGAGGUUCCGAACCCCACCAGUUUCAUAGUUUUCAUAGUUUCAGCCUUUGUGCAAGUCUUUGUUUUCAUUAGUCAAGUUUGUUCUACGUGCCUUUUGUUUGCUUUUUUUGUUGUUGUUAUAGCAGUGGUUCUUAACCUUGUUGGAGGUUCCGAACCCCACCAGUUUCAUAGUUUUCAUAGUUUCAGCCUUUGUGCAAGUCUUUGUUUUCAUUAGUCAAGUUUGUUCUACGCGCCUUUUGUUUGCUUUUGUUGUUGUUGUUAAAGCGGUGGUUCUUAACCUUGUUGGAGGUUCCGAACCCCACCAGUUUCAUAGUUUUCAUGUUUUCAUAGUUUUCAUAGUUUCAGCCUUUGUGCAAGUCUUUGUUUUCAUUUGUCAAGUUGCUUCUACGCGCCUUUUGUUUGCUUUUUUUGUUGUUGUUAUAGCAGUGGUUCUUAACCUUGUUGGAGGUUCCGAACCCCACCAGUUUCAUAGUUUUCAUAGUUUCAUAGUUUUCAUAGUUUCAGCCUUUGUGCAAGUCUUUGUUUUCAUUGGACAAGUUUGUUCUACGCGCCUUUUGUUUGCUUUUUUUGUUGUUAUUAUAGCAGUGGUUCUUAACCUUGGUGGAGGUUCCGAACCCCACCAGUUUCAUAGGUUCAUAGUUUUCAUGGUUUCAUAGUUUCAUAGUUUUCAUAGUUUCUUAGUUUCUGCCUUUGUGCAAGUCUUUGUUUUCAUUAAUCAAGUUUGCUCUACGCGCCUUUUGUUUGCUUUUUUUUGGUUGUUAUAGCAACUUGUUGGAGGUUCCGAACCCCACCAGUUUCAUAGUUUCAUAGUUUUCAUAGUUUCAUAGUUUCAUAGUUUCUGCCUUUGUGCAAGUCUUUGUUUUCAUUAGUCAAGUUGGUUCUACAUGCCUUUUGUUUGCCUUUUUUGUUGUUGUUAUAGCAGUGGUUCUUAACCUUGUUGGAGGUUCCGAACCCCACCAGUUUCAUAAUUUUCAUAGUUUCAUAGUUUCAGCCUUUGUGCAAGUCUUUGUUUUCAUUAGUCAAGUUGGUUCUACGCGCCUUUUGUUUGCUUUUUUUGUUGUUGUUAUAGCAGUGGUUCUUAACCUUGUUGGAGGUUCCGAACCCCACCAGUUUCAUAGUUUCAUAGUUUUCAUAGUUUCUUAGUUUCUGCCUUUGUGCAAGUCUUUGUUUUCAUUAAUCAAGUUUGCUCUACACGCCUUUUGUUUGCUUUUUUUUGGUUGUUAUAGCAACUUGUUGGAGGUUCCGAACCCCACCAGUUUCAUAGUUUUCAUAGUUUCUUCCUUUGUGCAAGUCUUUGUUUUCAUUUGUCAAGUUUGUUCUACGCGCCUUUUGUUUGCUUUUUUUGUUGUUAUAGCAGUGGUUCUUAACCUUGUUGGAGGUUCCGAACCCCACCAGUUUCAUAGUUUCAUAGUUUUCAUGUUUUCAUAGUUUCAGCCUUUGUGCAAGUCUUUGUUUUCAUUUGUCAAGUUUGUUCUACGCGCCUUUUGUUUUGCUUUUUUGUUGUUGUUAUAGCAGUGGUUCUUAACCUUGUUGGAGGUUCCGAAUCCCACCAGUUUCAUAGUUUCAUAGUUGUCAUGGUUUCAUAGUUUCAGCCUUUGUGCAAGUCUUUGUUUUCAUUGAUCAAGUUUGUUCUACGCGCCUUUUGUUUGCUUUUUUUGUUGUUGUUAUAGCAGUGGUUCUUAACCUUGUUGGAGGUUCCGAACCCCACCAGUUUCAUAUUUUUCAUAGUUUCAUAGUUUCAGCCUUUGUGCAAGUCUUUGUUUUCAUUUGUCAAGUUUGUUCUACGCGCCUUUUGUUUGCUUUUUUUGUUGUUGUUAUAGCAGUGGUUCUUAACCUUGUUAGAGGUUCCGAACCCCACCAGUUUCAUAGUUUCAUAGUUUUCAUGGUUUCAUAGUUUCAGCCUUUGUGCAAGUCUUUGUUUUCAUUGAUCAAGUUUGUUCUACGCGCCUUUUGUUUGCUUUUUUUGUUGUUGUUAUAGCAGUGGUUCUUAACCUUGUUGGAGGUUCCGAACCCCACCAGUUUCAUAUUUUUCAUAGUUUCAGCCUUUGUGCAAGUCUUUGUUUUCAUUUGUCAAGUUUGUUCUACGCGCCUUUUGUUUGCUUUUUUUGUUGUUAUAGCAGUGGUUCUUAACCUUGUUGGAGGUUCCGAACCCCACCAGUUUCAUAGUUUCAUAGUUUUCAUAGUUUCUUAGUUUCUGCCUUUGUGCAAGUCUUUGUUUUUAUUUGUCAAGUUUGUUCUACACACCUUUUGUUUGCUUUUGUUGUUGUUAUAGCAGUGGUUCUUAACCUUGUUGGAGGUUCCGAACCCCACCAGUUUCAUAGUUUUCAUAGUUUCAGCCUUUGUGCAAGUGUUUGUUUUCAUUAGUCAAGUUUGUUCUACGCGCCUUUUGUUUGCUUUUUUUGUUGUUAUAGCGGUGGUUCUUAACCUUGUUGGAGGUUCCGAACCCCACCAGUUUCAUAGUUUUCAUAGUUUCUUAGUUUCUGCCUUUGUGCAAGUCUUUGUUUUCAUUAAUCAAGUUUGCUCUACGCGCCUUUUGUUUGCUUUUUUUUGGUUGUUAUAGCAACUUGUUGGAGGUUCCAAACCCCACCAGUUUCAUAGUUACAUAGUUUUCAUAGUUUCAUAGUUUCUGCCUUUGUGCAAGUCUUUGUUUUUAUUUGUCAAGUUUGUUCUACACACCUUUUGUUUGCUUUUGUUGUUGUUAUAGAAGUGGUUCUUAACCUUGUUUGAGGUUCUGAACCCCACCAGUUUCAUAGUUUCAUAGUUUUCAUAGUUUCUUAGUUUCUGCCUUUGUGCAAGUCUUUGUUUUCAUUAAUCAAGUUUGCUCUACGCGCCUUUUGUUUGCUUUUUUUUGGUUGUCAUAGCAACUUGUUGGAGGUUCCAACCCCCACCAGUUUCAUACGCGCAUUCACCCAACCCUUCUUUUGUGAAAAUUAUUAAUUUUUUUUUUUUUUCAAAUUCAAGACAAAUGUAUAUGUUUUUUUUCCUGGAGUACAAAAUGAACCGUGCAUGAACUCACAACAAAUUACACACCUGCAAAUAAGUGUGACUUCUGCAGUUGCCGUAUCGACGAUACGCCGAUAUGGAGAAGUUGUUAUUUACACGAUGAGUCCAAUACUUGCCAACCCUCACGAUUUUUCCGAAAGAAUCCCGAAUUCCAGUGCCCCUCCCGAAAAUCUCCCUUGGCAACCAUUCUUCAUUAGCGUCCUCUACAACCUGUCGUAAUGUCUGAUUGUCCUCUAUACAAACGUGUCGGCGCAUUCACAUCAUUUAUAUGGCUUUUACACACACAUAGGUGAAUGCAAGGCAUACUUGGUCAAGAGCCAUACAGGUCACACUGAGGGUGGCUGUAUAAACAACUUAAACACUGUUACAAAUACGCACCACACUGUGAACCCACACCAAACAAGAAUGACAAACACAUUUCGGGAGAACAUCCUCACCGUAACACAACAGAAAAAAUACCCACAUCCCUUGCAGCACUAACUCUUCCGGGAUCUACAAUAUACACCCCCCUCCCAAAUUCGGAGGUCUCAAGGUUGGCAUGAGUCGGGUGUGUCUUAACUAGCUCCGCCGAACCCCUGAGGCCGACUCACCGAACCUCUAGGGUUGGAUCGAACCCAGGUUAAGAACCACUGAGUAUUAGUGUUAAAAUAAAAAUAUGUACUUACAUUCACGCCUUGCCCGCGCCAACUUUCCUUUGCCAUCCGUCAAGACUAGUACUUGGGCGAGGAUUGUUUUCCCCAGGUCCUAAGCGAUUGGAGUGGACUUUGGGGUUUGUUUUUCCAGAAGGCAAAGGAAAGUUGGCGCGGGCAAGGCGUGAAUGUAAGUACAUAUUUUUAUUUUAACACUAGAUUUACUUACAUAGGCUUCACGGUGGCAGAGGGGUUAGUGCGUCUGCCUCACAAUACAAAGGUCCUGCAGUCCUGGGUUCAAAUCCAGGCUCGGGAUCUUUCUGUGUGGAGUUUGCAUGUUCUCCCCGUGACUGCGUUGGUUCCCUCCGGGUACUCCGGCUUCCUCCCACUUCCAAAGACAUGCACCUGGGGAUAGGUUGAUUGGCAACACUAAAUUGGCCCUAGUGUGUGAAUGUUGUCUGUCUAUCCGUGUUGGCCCUGCGAUGAGGUGGCGACUUGUCCAGGGUGUACACCGCCUUCCGCCUGAUUGUAGCUGAGAUAGGCACCAGCAACCCCAAAGGGAAUAAGCGGUAGAAAAUGGAUGGAUGGAUGUACUUACAUUCACGCCUUGCCCGCGCCAACUUUCCUUUGCCAUCUGUCAAGACUAGGACUUGGGCGAGGAUUGUUUUCGCCAGGUGCAAAGCGAUUGGCGUGGACUUUGGGGUUUGUUUUUUCCAGAAGGCAAAGGAAAGUUGGCGCGGGCAAGGCGUGAAUGUAAGUACAUAUUUUUAUUUUAACACUAUAACUACAAAAAAAAAAAAAAGCAAACAAAAGGCGCGCACAAUGGCGGAGAACAAACUUGACUAAUGAAAACAAAGGCAGAAACUUUGAACUAUAAACAAACACUUACUUGGCAUGGAACUGUGCCCAAAAAACAAAACAUGAUCACACAGACAUGACAUAUUUUGACUUUUUUUUUUUUUUUUCACCACGUCUUAAUUCUACAGAGUAUAUUAAUUCCUCAGUGCUGAGCCUUUAUCAACAGCCAGUUUUUUAUUUUAUUUGGAAGAAUAUUACUUUUAUGAGUUGUGUUGAUCCAUGUCCUUGAUGCUGUCAUCUUUUUGUUGGCAAAGUAAGCAGACAGUGUAAAUAAUUAAAAACUGAAAAUUAAAGAUGUCAAUUGUCAAAA